AUGCCUUCUUUCCAAAAGUUCAUGGUCCUUGCGACCGCCAGCGUUGGCGCUUUCGCCGCCGGCAGCAGUGACUGCACCACGGAUAUCACCAUCGACUCUGUUAACCCCACAUUCGACUGUGAUACCAUUGAUGCCAAAGUCACCGUCUCUCCCUCUCUGCAGGGCAACCUCCAGAUCGACGGCCCCAAGGUCUUCAAGCAGGACUUUGUUGUCAGCAACACCUCCAACUUGCUAUCCAUCUCGUCCUCGUCCCUCCAGACCAUUGGUGGCGAGUUCCUCGUCGAGGAUGCCGGUCUGCUCGCCUCUAUCGAUCUCCCGAAGCUCACCAAGCUGAACAAGCUCACCUUCCGUCGUCUGGGUCAGCUGAACAAGCUCACCUUCUCUUCGUCUGGUGUCUCCCAGGCCAGCUCCGUCGACUUUUCCGAUCUUUUCCUCAGCGAUCUUAGUGGUAUCAAACUCGCUACCGUCGACAGCCUGACCAUCAACAACAACAAGAGACUCGCCAAGUUCGAUUCCAACUUGGUCAACAUUACCAAGACGCUGAUUAUCACCAACAAUGGCAACGACAUGCAGGUCAACCUUACCGACCUCGAGUCCGCCUACGAGAUUCAGGUCUCCAACAUCAAGAGCCUCGGCACCCCCGCCCUGAAGGAGAUCCAGAAUGGUAUCAAGUUUGACACCAACCCCAACCUCGAGACCUACGAGGCUGCCAACCUUACUAGUGUCGGCACCUCGAAGAACGGUGGUUCCGUCUCCUUCAUCAACAACGGAAAGCUCACCAACAUCUCUUUCCCUCUGCUCAAGACCAUUUCCGGUGAUCUGACCAUUGUCAACAACACCAAGCUGGAGGAGAUUACCGGUUUCCCCGAGCUCAAGAGUGUCGAGAACAUGCUCCUCGGCGGAAGCUUUGAAAAUGCCGAACUCCCCAAGCUCGAUGAUGUCAAGGGUACCAUCAAUGUCAAGUCGACCUCCAACCUCACCGACGUUUGCAAGUUCUUCAACGGCCUCAAGGGCAAGGUCGUUCAGGGCAAGGUCAACUGUGCCGGCGGCCUCGAUAACAAGACGGCUAACGACCAGAACGGCCUCAACAAGACAGGCAGCAGCGGUAAUGGCAGCGGCGCUGGCACUCCUAGCUUCAGCACUGCCGCCAUUUUCCUCGGUCUAAUUGCAGGUGCUGCUCAGCUUCUGUAA